CCUGAUUACAGAACGAAGUCGGGGCCCAGCAGUUGGAAUGGCCUCUUCGGCCGAGUCGGUUCCUGCUGAUGGGAUGCUCUCAUUUGAAAUGCCAUGCCUGCAGCCUUACGCAAGCGACUGGCUGACUGACUGAAUGAGGCUGCUAGCACUUUCCAGGCGGACAUACUGGCUCUCCAUCAACACCCGCCACGAAAAACUCCUAAGCUCCUUUCGGGCGAAAGCUACAAUACAGUAUUUAAUCGCCAUCAUCGGCAGCACAAGCAAGCAGCAUGUCAGGGAAAACAAACGAGAUGCCGGCAAAAACUCAAGGGCUUGGAGAGGUGGAGGCUAUUGGAAAGCACUGCGACCUUCCGGAAUGUCAUUUGUUGGACUUUCUACCCUUUAAAUGUGAGUCUUGCGGCGGAACAUAUUGCCUCGACCACCGCACCGAAACUGCCCACAAAUGCGCCCAUGAAGGCCGCUGGGCUGCCACACGUCGUGAGAAGGACUUCUCUUCCUCCAUCGCCCCAACAAGACCCAAAAUCCGCAGCCUUUUGCAGACUGACUGCGCCCAUCCGAAAUGCAAAACGAUAAUCAACACCCCCCGCGACCCAGCCGUGAACUGCACGACCUGCCGAAAGCAAUACUGUCUCUCCCACCGUUUGCAAGACCAGCAUGACUGCGACAAAGUCAAGCCCCCGCCCCCCACCGUAGCUACAGCCAAUGAGAAGGCAAAGUCCGCAUUGUCCCGCUUUAAAGCCUGGACUUCUUCCAAAUCCGAUAAAGUCAUACAAUCAACCCGGCCGGGAGCCUCGCAGAUCGCAGAACUGAAUAAACUCAAGCGUGCAGCUAAGGGCGAUGACAAAGUCCCUGUUGGAAAGCGUGUGUAUGUGUAUGUCGAAGCUGAAGCUAGAACGACCACAUCAAAGUUACCUAGGGGGGAAUUCUACUACUCAAGUGAAUGGACCGUAGGCAGGGUGUUGGACAAGGCGGCACAGAGCCUGCAGGUCGCGAAUUUGAAUAAUAAGGCUGAUGACGAUGAGAAGAAGUUGAGGGUCUUUCACGUCGAGGGUGGGAGAGUGUUGAGUUUCGGCGAGAAGAUUGGGGAUGCUGUAGGGAAUGGGAAUACCAUUGUUCUGUUGAGGGGGUUGCAGAUGCCUGAAUUGAUGGAGUAGUUCGGAUAUUGCCUGAUAUCACGAUUGUGUGCACUGGGUGUUUGUACUGUCCGCGUUGGGGGUCCUGUCGCUGCUGAUACCUGUUUGCCUGUUUGCGUGUGCGUGCCUGUGCUUGUGGUCUUGUAAUAUAGAGGCUUUGAUUUCCUUACCUCUCGAUCUCUGUGGAGUACCUAUAAGCGUUAUUUGUGGGACAUCAUGUGGGGAUGACCUUUUUUGUCUGAUAUGAAUGCUAUCACGAUUUGCAACUA